AUGCUUUCGUUGCCUGUCCUCAAUGAGCAUCAGACCUCCAGUGGUCCGUGCGUUGGUCUCGGGUUCGCCGCAUUCGAUAUCGCAUACAACUUCACUCUUGCGACGUACAACCUCACGGACGGUAUUGCGUCACCCGGCGACACCCCGGCAAGGCUCACAAUGGUGACUUUCGAGGAAUCGCCCCCGGUAACCAUCGGGGCACUCACACCGUACGCUUCGUACCCUCAGACUCUCUUCCGGAACUUCUCGAUGAUCAAUGGCACUCUGAUUCCGACUGGUGCUACCGGUUUGACUGCAUCCAACUUUGAUGUGUAUGCCGGCUCCGCACUGCUCUUCAAGUACUCCCAGGUUCCCGAGGAAGUCGAUCCUGGUGCGCAAAUAUACUGUGCUAUGGCUAAUACCGAUCCCGCCGGUGGAGGCAUCCCUUACCCCGUCCUCGCUGUGAACGGUGACCUGAACGGCUUCUCGCUGUGUCUCACUGAUGACAAUGGCGCGGGGCACUACAAUGUAGUGUACCAGGCGCAAGAGGGCAACGAGCAUUAUGAUUACAGCACCUGCUACCCCGUUUCUAUCAAUCUGCUUGGCUUGUUCUGA